GGACAGUUGAAGGCGGCGAUGGCCGACGCAGGUGGGCCGUGGCGGCUCAUGUCGUCGCUGCGGAAGCGCAAGUUCUUUGAAGAAGCCAACAAGCUGUACCCGCUGCGUCCACCGGCCGGCGAGCCCAAGACGGACCUGUUUGACUUUUUGCUGGCCACCAUGGGGCGGCCCCACAACGACCCAAGCUUCGGUUGCAUGCUUGGCCCAUGUGACGACUUUGUCGCCGAGACACGCCCCGAGACAGAGGCCGCACCUCGUCCAGCGGUAGUACACGACUUGGACUUGGUGCCAGAGACGCGCUGCUUUGACGAGCCGGCGGCGGUCGUCGCCGCCGAUAGCAUCGUGCCCGAGACGCGCUCCGAGGGCGGGCGCCACGACGAUGACGAGAUUGUACCCGAGACGGUGGACAUCGCGCCGACCACACGUGAAAGCAUCGGUGGCGCUGACGCGCUACACGAGUCAAUCUCAUCGUCGUCGUCGUACGCCGCGUCCGUGACCUUUGGCGGCCCCAACGACAUGAGCUUGAACUCGAGCUCGCAUAGCUGUGCGACGCUCGAUGACAGCUUUGCGGCAUUUCCAUCUGCGUACCAGCACCUGCCGACGCCGACGCCACCGGCCGAGACGCUUCGGUCUCCGACGCCGCUCACGCAAGCCGUCGCGACGCCGCCGCUUGCCGACUACUUUGACACAGACCACUACACGGAGCUCGUGCCGUGCUAUGUCCUCUACGCGGCGCACUGCAACCUCCAUGACGCGCACUUGUCACAUCCGCACUUGCUCUUCUGCGCCCAAGUGCUGGACCAGUAUCUCGCGUCAAAAGAGCUCAUGCACGGCUACAUUCGGCGAGCCUGCGAGAUUGCGCGCGUCGUCUUUGCAUCGCGUUGGGCAAGGCGCCUCGAUGCGUUCACCAAGGACAUUGACAUCCGCGACUACACGGAGCGCGGGCGGUCCAUACCCGGUGUGUGUGCCCCGGUGUGGCACAUCAUUGCCGCGCAUUGGCACCAUUACAAGGCCCACGUGCUCCAUUCGGACGAGUUUUACCUCGGCGACACGUCCGCGACCACUCGGGCGGACCCCGGGGCCCACUGCCGGCACGUUACGUCGGCGUACUUUGCCGCCGACGGCCAUCUUCGCGACGACGCCAUGCGACGCAGUGUCUAUGGCGGCAGUGAUGUCGGUGCGCACUACAUGACGCUGGUGCCCCGGGAUGCGAGCAACCGACGACGCGACACGGACGACCUGCCGCAGCGCAUGUACCUGCCGCAAGAGAGCUUGAGCUUUGCUUUCAAGCAGCUCGAGGCCAACUUGCGCGUGGCCGACCCGCAGGUGACCAUGUACCCGAUGGGCACGUUCGCCCGCGGUGGGCUCUACGGCUCGGUCCUCGACGUGUUGCUGCUACCGACGCCGGCGCGGCCGAGCAUCCACGACGUUGUUGCAGCGCUCGAGGUGGCGCACGUACUCGAACCCGGCGCGGUUCGGUCGGUCUCGGCCCACCGCCUUCUCGCGCCGAUUCGGUUCAAGCACAUUCGACUGCUCCUGGACCUGAAGAUGUACCCGCCGCCCAUGGCGUACGCCGCCAUGAUCUACUUUACUGGUCCCCAAGUGUUUGGUCAACACGCGUUCCGCUCCGUCUUGCCUGCGUGCGGCGACGACACGCGCUUCGAGACCGUCUACGAGACGCUGCGGACGAUGCACGGGCCGACGCGCCUCGACCAAGUCCUCGACGAGCAGGACAUGCUGGUGCUCCUCGGCCACACCGUGUACCAGCCGCCAUUGCAUCGCUUGUAGUCUGUCCUGAUCCAUGCCAAAAUGUGGUCGACCUUGCGCCAUCCUAUUCCGAGAGAACGCGAAAGAUCAUACUGGACGGUACACGACACUGUAUUGAAACGA